UGCUGAAAUGUUAGCGGGCUGGCAGAAGUGGGAGCACAUGUCCAAUCUCCAUGAGCCCCUCCUUUCUGUCCCUCAACAUGAGCUCCCCUGGGGCAGUGAGCUAGUGGGCAGAUGCAGGGAUGCAGCAACAAACAGUCUAGUUGAAGACCCCUUGCCUGCCUAGGGUCCGAGAACAAAAGCCCCUUUCCUGCCUAGUGCCCACUCUUGGACUGACAGACAACAGGAAGGCAGGCCCACCAGUGACCCAGGCAGAGGACAUGGCAUGCAGGUACCUGUAGCCCCCAGAGCAGUGCAGACAGAGUUCCUUUCCCUUCCUCCAUGUUCAGUGUCGACUUGUGGGGGUCAGGCUACUCACUGUCUUCAUAGCCAUAGUGGGGUAGGACUGGGAGUCCCAUACUACAGAGCAAGAGAUUGAGAAGGUCUGCUCAAGGGCUCUCCGCUGACACUGCAAGCAGCAGGCACAGUGUGCCUCACAACCUCCACCUUCCAGCCCUGCCAGCCACAUGGGUCAAGGGGUUAAAAGAGCCUCGAGUCCCAGAAGCAGGCCAUGGAACAUGCUGAAAAUUUGCCUAUUUGAAGGUGCGCAUAGGCCUGUGCUUUCUGGGGACGCUCAUCGGCCAGGCUGUGAGCUCCACGUGGCCUUGCCUCCCCCAUCCCUCUGGGCUCUUUGCAGCUUCCCCAGGUGGUAGUUUGGGUUUUCACUCCAGCCUCAGACUUCCUUCCCCAGCCCCUACCCCCGGAUGUGGUGACAGCCAGUACUGUACCAACCUCAGCUGCCCCCAGCAGCACUGAACCAGUAAGGGGGGCCCUUGUGGACAAGUUGCUGCUCUCUAGAGCACCAGCUUCCUGGAUGUAGAAACCAAUUGGUAGCCACUGCCUGACUAUUGGAGUAGAAGUCAGAACUGCUCUGAUGGAGCUCGGGUUGACUGCAGAGGCCUGGCUCAGGCUCUCAGUUGAUGUUAGCUUUUUAGAUUUCCUGUUAUUGCACUACUAUUUAUUUCAGAGAAGGGUGGAGGUCAGGACAACCCACAGUAGCCGAGCUGGUUCUUUGAUUAUGUGAGUCUACAGGAUUGAUCUCAGGCCAGUGAGCUUGGCUUCAAGAGUCUUUACCCACUGAGCCAUUUCACCAUACAAUGAUUUAGUUAACAUCCACCCAGAAGCCCCUGAGUGAUUUCGGGGCCUUCCCUUUUCUCUGCAAAAUUUAAGACAGUCAUGUCAACCCAGUUUUAGUAGUGUCCAGGUACUACCUGUAUUCCGUUUCUGGAAUAAAGCCUCAUGACAGAAAAACUAAGGCUCACAGUGGAGAAGUCCAUAUCUCAAGUCACACAGCCAGAAAGAUGUAGGCACUUGGUCUCACGGGAAGUCUAUCAAGUGGCAUGCCACCUUGAUUGGGGAGCGGGGCAGGCUUUGUACCCUCAAUUCACUGCAAACAGACCCGAGACUAAGCUCUCCUGUGCAUCGUGAGUCCUCAACUUCCCACCUGUGUACUGGGCUUGUAGUUGAGAGCUGGGGACGUUGUGUGUGUGUGUGUGUGUGUGUGUGUGUGUGUGUGUGUGUGUGUGUGUGUGUGUGUGUGUGUGUGUGUGUGUGUGUGUGUGUGUGUGUGUGUGUGUGUGUGUGUGUGUGUGUGUGUGUGUUGGGGGUGGGGGGUUGAUAGGAGCAAAAACUAAAGCUACUGGACUUGACACCGAUUUCCGACCCUUUCCGUGCGGUGGGCGCCGGAUGCGUGCCAGCCUGACAGCUCAGUCUCCUUCAACGACCAAGCGCCGGCCCCUCCUCAUGCCGCGGUGGAUUGCGGCGAAAAGUCAACUUUCCAGGCUGGACUGUGCAGAGGAAGCGCUGACCCUUCCGCCCUCCUACCCUCAGCCACCAAAUUCCCCCCAACUCCCUAAUUCAGGGUCCCGCCUUCCCCUUCCGUCCCAGUAAGGCCCGCCCUGUAACGUCACGGUGCCCUGCGUUGAUUGGCUAGCUGCGCCAUCGCUCCUGAGACUUCCUUCUGGGCCGCCGCCGCCGACUUAAACUUUGAAGGGGGAAAAAAAUAGAGCCACCCGCGCUGUGCGACCCUCCCUUGCCCCCGACCCGCCCCGCCUUCGGUAACGCUCCCUCCUCCGACGCCCCCGAUCCAACUUUUCUCCAACUUUCGCGACUUGUGAAAGUCUCUUCUUUUCAGCCCUGGCCCUGGAAACCCCUCUCCUCAUCCCUGAGCCAGUCGGGUCCCUAUGAUGCACUAGACUCCUGUUUUCUACCCCCAAGGCAGAGCAUCCUCAGGCCUGCUCUGAGUUUGGUCCUGUCGUCAAACCCACUGGAUCCUGGGAUUCCCCCUGCUUCGUUCUCAGCCUUCUUUCUCCAGGGGCCUUGGAUCACAGUGUCUUUUGAUUCCAGGGACCCUGCCUUACCGGACUUUCUUUUCUGGUUUCUUGCAACCUUCCAAUCUCUGGGUACCCUCUCCACAAGCCACUGUUUUUUCUUUCUGAGCUCUGCUCUCUUGACUCCCGGCUUGUGACCCACUAGAUUCCUUUUCUCUCAUUGCCCAGGAUCCCGCCAUCCUCGAGUCUCUCAACCUGACAGAUUUCUCUCUCAAAUGCCUGGGUUCUUACCACCACCGCGCGAGAGCUCUCGGAUCUAGGUCCCAGGUUCCUCGGUGAGCUCUGGGCGGCAGGUCGGGGUCUGGCCCCAAUGGCCGCCGCCCCCUCCCAUCCCGCCGGACUCCCCUGCUCUCCGGGGCCCGGGUCUCCUCCGCCCCCCGGUGGCUCGGAUCUCCAGUCUCUGCCACCUCUGCUGCCUCAGAUCCCUGCUCCGGGAUCGGGGGUCUCCUUCCACAUCCAGAUCGGAUUAACACGAGAGUUUGUGCUGUUGCCGGCAGCUUCGGAGUUGGCUCAUGUGAAGCAACUAGCCUGUUCUAUCGUGGACCAGAAGUUCCCAGAGUGUGGCUUCUACGGCCUGUACGACAAGAUCCUGCUCUUCAAACAUGACCCAACAUCAGCCAACCUCCUGCAGCUGGUGCGAUCAGCUGCAGAUAUCCAGGAGGGCGACUUGGUGGAGGUGGUUCUGUCGGCCUCAGCCACCUUCGAGGAUUUCCAGAUCCGUCCGCAUGCUCUCACUGUGCACUCGUACCGCGCACCAGCUUUCUGUGACCACUGUGGGGAGAUGCUGUUUGGCCUUGUGCGCCAGGGCCUCAAGUGCGAUGGCUGCGGGCUGAAUUACCACAAACGCUGCGCCUUCAGCAUCCCGAACAACUGCAGUGGCGCUCGGAAGCGCAGACUGUCAUCCACGUCUCUGGCCAGUGGCCAUUCUGUGCGUCUCGGCAGCUCCGAGUCCCUACCCUGCACCGCCGAAGAGCUGAGCCGUAGCACCACCGACCUCCUUCCUCGCCGACCACCCUCGUCGUCGUCCUCCUCCUCUUCCUCUUCCUUCUACACAGGCCGACCCAUUGAGCUGGACAAGAUGCUGAUGUCCAAGGUCAAGGUGCCACACACCUUCCUUAUACAUAGCUACACACGGCCCACCGUUUGCCAGGCUUGCAAGAAACUGCUCAAGGGUCUCUUCCGCCAGGGCCUGCAGUGCAAAGACUGCAAGUUUAACUGUCACAAACGCUGUGCUACCCGAGUCCCUAAUGACUGCCUGGGGGAGGCGCUCAUCAAUGGAGAUGUGCCCAUGGAAGAAGCUGCUGAUUACAGUGAGGCUGAUAAGAGCUCCCUCUCAGAUGAGUUGGAGGACUCUGGUGUCAUCCCAGGCUCCCAUGCAGAGAAUGCUCUCCAUGCCAGUGAGGAAGAGGAAGGCGAGGGAGGCAAGGCCCAGAGCUCGCUGGGCUACAUCCCCCUGAUGCGUGUGGUACAGUCUGUGCGACACACGACCCGGAAAUCCAGCACCACCCUGCGGGAGGGCUGGGUGGUCCAUUACAGCAACAAGGACACACUGAGGAAGCGGCACUACUGGCGCCUAGACUGCAAAUGCAUUACCCUCUUCCAGAACAACACGACCAACAGAUACUACAAGGAGAUCCCGCUGUCUGAAAUCCUCGCAGUGGAGCCGGCUCAGAACUUCAGCCUCGUACCUCCGGGCACCAACCCACACUGCUUUGAGAUCAUCACCGCCAAUGUCACCUACUUUGUGGGCGAGACACCUGGCGGGGCCCCGGGAGGGCCGAGCGGGCAGGGAACAGAGGCUGCCCGGGGUUGGGAGACAGCCAUCCGCCAGGCACUGAUGCCUGUUAUCCUCCAAGAUGCACCCAGUGCCCCAGGCCACACACCACACAGACAAGCUUCUCUGAGCAUCUCUGUGUCCAACAGUCAGAUCCAAGAGAACGUGGACAUCGCCACUGUCUACCAGAUCUUCCCCGAUGAGGUGCUGGGCUCUGGACAGUUUGGAGUGGUCUAUGGAGGAAAACACAGGAAGACUGGCAGAGAUGUUGCAGUAAAGGUCAUUGACAAACUACGCUUCCCCACCAAGCAGGAGAGCCAGCUCAGGAAUGAAGUGGCCAUCCUCCAGAGCCUGCGGCACCCCGGGAUUGUGAACCUCGAGUGCAUGUUUGAGACCCCUGAGAAGGUAUUCGUGGUGAUGGAGAAACUGCAUGGGGACAUGUUGGAGAUGAUCCUCUCCAGUGAGAAGGGCCGGCUUCCUGAGCGCCUCACCAAGUUCCUUAUCACGCAGAUUCUGGUGGCACUGAGACACCUACACUUCAAGAACAUCGUCCACUGUGACUUGAAACCAGAGAAUGUGUUACUGGCAUCAGCCGAUCCGUUUCCUCAGGUGAAGCUAUGUGACUUCGGCUUCGCUCGCAUCAUCGGUGAGAAGUCCUUCCGGCGCUCAGUGGUGGGCACGCCCGCCUACCUGGCACCUGAGGUACUGCUCAACCAGGGUUACAACCGCUCGCUGGACAUGUGGUCCGUGGGUGUGAUCAUGUAUGUGAGCCUCAGUGGCACGUUUCCCUUCAAUGAGGACGAGGACAUCAAUGACCAGAUACAGAAUGCAGCCUUUAUGUACCCGGCCAGCCCCUGGAGCCACAUCUCAUCUGGAGCCAUCGACCUCAUCAACAACCUGUUGCAGGUGAAGAUGCGCAAGCGCUACAGCGUGGACAAGUCUCUCAGCCACCCAUGGUUACAGGAGUACCAGACGUGGCUUGACCUCCGAGAGCUAGAGGGAAAGAUGGGCGAGCGAUAUAUCACCCAUGAGAGCGACGACGCACGCUGGGAUCAGUUUGUAUCAGAGCGCCAUGGGACGCCUGCAGAAGGGGACCUGGGUGGCGCCUGUCUGCCACAGGACCAUGAGAUGCAGGGGCUGGCUGAGCGGAUCAGCAUCCUCUGAGGCCAGUGUUCCCCGCUGGGCUGCUUGCUUUCUUUGGAGUCCUGCACAUCAUCCUAAAAGUGAACUGUUCUAGAGGAAGCAGCUUUCUGCACAGACUGAAUGAGGCAUUAUGCAGGAGGGCCAGGGCUCUCUCUCUUUCCCGUCACUGAAAUAGACUGUUCCCAGGGCAAUGAUUUUAGUCUCUGAUGCCCCAAUCUUGGAGUGAUAAGGCUGGAGAGUUGGUUCUGUGGGUAAAGGCGCUUGCCACCAAGCCUAACAAGUUGAGUUUGAUUCCUGGGAUGAACCUCUUUGGAGAAUUGACUGCCGUUUGCCCCCUGACCACCACAUGUGCACACACAAACACAGACAAUAAAUGUAUUUUCUUUUUUAACAAA